CCGUGCAGCGGACACCCUGAAAGACAGCAUGUGAUAUAAAAACAAAAUGGCCGCUUCAAAGUUCAAAAUUGCUUUGGUGCAACUUUUCGUGACCGCUAACAAGUCGGAAAACCUCGCCCGUGCCUCGAAACUUAUUUCUCAAGCUGCUGGGGGAGGUGCCAACCUGGUAGCGUUACCGGAAUGUUUCAACUCGCCGUACGGCACGAAGUUUUUCCCCGAAUAUGCGGAGAAAAUUCCCGGCGAGUCAACGAACAUGUUGGCCAAGGCUGCCAAAGAUAACAAGGUGUUCCUGGUCGGGGGUUCGAUUCCCGAGGAGGAUGGUGGCAAGCUGUACAACACCUCCACAGUCUUCAACCCCGAGGGAGAGCUGAUCGCUAAGUUCAGAAAGGUUCAUCUGUUUGACAUAGAUGUACCUGGUAAAAUCCGGUUCCAAGAGUCGGAGGUGCUGAGCCCAGGGUCGGGACCUGUGACCUUUGACACACCUUACUGUAAGGUCGGCCUGGCUAUCUGCUAUGACAUCAGAUUCCCUGAGUUAGCCCAGAUCUACACAAGGAGAGGCUGCAAGUUGCUCCUGUAUCCUGGUGCCUUCAACAUGACCACCGGACCGGCCCACUGGGAGCUCCUGCAGAGGGGGAGAGCUUUGGACAACCAGCUGUACGUGGGAACCAUCUCUCCUGCUCGGGAUGAGAAGGCUUCGUACGUGGCCUGGGGACACAGCACUCUGGUCAACCCGUGGGGGGAGGUGGUGGCCAAGGCUGGGCCUGAAGAGGAGAUCAUCUACAGUGAUGUUGACCUGUCAUAUGUAGAUGAAGUGAGGUCAUCAAUCCCAACGUCCAAUCAGAGAAGAGCAGAUAUUUACAACCUGCAGGACAUGAGCAAGUCUUAGAACUGACAGUACUUUACAAAC